CAUUCAGGCUCUGAACUUAAAAAACAAGUCAUAAAUUUCAAAAGAGAGGCAAGACUUUAAGUGGAAUGAGAGGAUAAGGCAGUUACUAUUUUUUUUUAAAAAAAAAUCCAUUUUUUCCCCUUCCCCAAGACAAAUGGCACAAUCAAAUCUCUCUCUGCCUCUUCACUUAUGAAUUAAAAUAUCGAUUUCAAGGGGCCUCCAAGCAGUUCCAGGCAAAGUUUCAUUUUAUUCCGACCAGGGCUGAUCUUUCUGAAUCAAUCCAUAUUAAAAAAAAAUAUAUAGAUUUUUUUUUAAAUUUUUUGGUUCACAAGGAAUGAGAUCCACUUUCCAACUUUCUCCUGUCCUUUUUCACUUUCUCCGCUCAGUUCCAGCAACAAAUUGACUUGGGCAAAGGGACCAAGAUGCUUUGAACUCAAAAUGAUUUAAAAGAAAAAAGAGAGGGGGGGGGACUGUGGUUCAGGCUUCAUGCAACCACCAUGGGACACCAGCCCUUUUUUUUGGGUGGGGUGGGUAGGUGGGGGGAGCUUCCCAUCGGACAGGGACCAGACCUUCUCGAUGCUUCCUCUGCAUUCUUCAGCAAGGAAGGGCAGCCAAAGGGUUAAAGACUGCAAAGCAAAAAUACCAACUGCGUGCAAAAAGGGGAGGGGGGGGAAGAAAUCUGCUUUGCAAUUAAACCGUCUCUUCCCUUAAGGCUGCAAGCCAAAGACCACCACCUCCCCCUUUUCUUUUCCCCCCCGUUGGGUGGGAAUCUAGGGGGCCCCUACUACUAGUUUAUGUGGCACCCCCUUCCCCACACUUUUCAAAGUCUCUGGAACAAAUCGUUGGGAUUCCGACGUGUCCAAAAAAAAAAAGAAAAGCGGGGAGUUUCCAGCGAAAAGUGUCAAUAAGGCUCGCACGCGUUUAAGGCUUUCUUCUCUCUCUCGCCCCAUCCCCACGUUCCGUGUCUCCCCCUCUUUAUCGCACAAGGAUCCUUGGCCCAGCCAACCCUGCCCUCUUUAUUUUAUUCUCCUCCACCCACAACACAACAGCCCAUGUUGAUUCCUCAAGACCGCAGCAAACGCGGGCAACCCUUUUUCCUAAAACUCCUUCCCCCCCCUUGCCUGCAUUCACACGACACGCGUCUCCCGAAACCAGCCCCAACUUUCUAACCCGUAAAGAUUCCCCAAGCAAACGGGCUUGGCUUCAACCCAGGACGCCCAACUUGUGCAAGAAAAAAAAAACAACCCACAAAAGCAACCCCAAAAAACAGCCCCGACUCAAUGCAACUUUCCCAACCGAGCUGGCGCGUCGUGGGAACGAGAUCCUGGCAGCCAAAGCGGGACAGGCGGGGCGGGCGAUUCCCAAGCCGGGCGGGGGCAGUAAGUAGUUGAACCCGGGGCGGGAGCGCGCGGAAAAGGCGGCGAGAACCAAGCCCUACGCACCGCGCUUUUUUUUUUGCACGGGCAGGGGAAGAAACCGACACUUUGCAAAAGAAAAAGAAGAAGAGGUCAGCAAAAAACCCCGCGGCCGGCUCACGACCCUUGCACGGUUCUUGGGGGAUGCAAUGCAAUGCAAUGCAAUGCAAUGCAAUUAAAUGCAAUGCAAUUAAAUGCAAUGCAACGCCUUGCCGAAGCCUCUGCGAUUUUCCUUCUCCUAGCAACUUUGCACGCCCCGAAUACGCUGAGCUUCUACCAUGGACUUCCAGGACGAGGACCUCAGAGAGAUGGCUUCUGUCAUCCAGUCGAAAGUUGUCGUGGAGGUAUCCUCUCGAGUCCAGUCACUCCUGGAUUCUCUAGAAACCACCACGCUGGACAUCGCAGUGACGGGCGAAGGUGGGGCUGGCAAGUCCACCUUCAUCAACGCCAUGUUGGGGAUCAGCGAUGAUGACUUCCGCGCGGCCAAAACUGGCGUGGUUGAGACUACUGCUUCCCCCACCCCUUUUCAUCACCCUCAUCUGCCCCGUGUUCGGCUUUGGGACCUGCCAGGCAUUGGUACCCCUUCCUUCCAAGCCCGAAAAUAUCUGCAGCUGGUGAGCUUUGAGAGAUACGAUUUCUUCAUCAUCGUCGCAUCCGAGCGUUUCCGAGAGAAUCACGCUGAGCUCGCUCGGGCCGUGGCUGCCAUGGGCAAACGCUUCUACUUCGUCCGUUCCAAGAUAGACCAGGAUGUGUGGGCUACCCAACAACGAAGGCCAACCUUGUUCCAGGAAGCUCAAGUGCUGCAGCAAAUAGAGGCAGACUGUACCCGCCAGCUGAAGAAGGAAGGUCUGGAGAACCCCAAAGUCUUCUUGAUCUCCAGCUUCCAUUUGCACAGAUUCGAUUUCUGCCGCUUGCAGGAGACUCUGGCUGAAGAGCUGGAAGGUCACAAGAGACACACCCUUCUGCUAUCCUUCCCGUCCGUCACCGCCGCAGCUGUGCAGAAGAAGAAGAGUUCGCUGCGCCAGCACAUCUGGAAGACGGCGCUACUGGCGUGUAUCGUUUCAGCCCUGCCUGGCCAUCCGAUCCACCUCAACGUCCCCAUGCUUGUGAACACUCUGAAGAAUUACCAGCAGCAUUUCGGCUUGGAUGAUGCGUCUUUGAAGACCUUGGCUGCCACGGUCUCAAAGCCCUUUUACGAAUUGAAAAACCAAGUGCGUUCGACCUUCGUGAGACACCUUUCGGGGGAUGCUGUCCGGGCGGUUUUGAGCCAAGCUGCAGUCUGUGGGCAGGUGAUGGCCAUGAUGCUGAAGAGCCAGUUCCCCUUUUUCAACAACUUGGUAGCAGGGGCCGCCUCGUUCGUGGCUGCCUAUUACUUGCUGCACACAGCUCUGGAUAGCUUUGCAGAAGAUGCCCAGAGGGUCUUGGAAAGAGCAUAUGGAUUGGAGACAGAGGUCCAGGACUCCUAGGGCUAUCCUUCACCGGGCUUCAUCUAUGAAUGAAGACGGAUCAAGAACGCCGCCCAAAAUUGCUUGGAGAUGGACAAACGUGUGGGUUUUAUUUCUCUUUUCUGCCUCUCUGUUGCUUCUUGUUUUCUCCAAUUGGUCAAACCGGCCAGGAGACCCUAACCAAGCAGACCCUGUCUGCUGCCUAUCCUAUGAAGAGAACCCCUCUGCCCCCCCCCAAAGGUUAUUGAGAUAAAUCUUCAAAGGCUGACACUACAUACAUUGGGAAGAUACUUUGCAUUUCUUUAGCUGUAGCAGAUUUGGUUACUGGGAGGAGUUUUACAGUUUUUCAUGUAAUAAAUUGGUUCUUGGAAUCUUUUAUUACAGCAGCAACCUUUCUGAAAUGAUAAAUGCUCUGGAAUCUCUUGAUGUCUCAGUGGGUCAUUCAUUCAUUUUAUACAUACAAUUUAUAGACCAUUCUUAUCAUCCCUUGGGGGACGCAGUGGCUCAGUGGCUAAGACGCUGAGCUUGACGAUCGGAAGGUUGGCAGUUCAGCGGUUCGAAUCCCUAGUAACGGGGUGAGCUCCCGUGACUUGUCCCAGCUUCUGCUAACCUAGCAGUUCGAAAGCAGGUAAAAAAUGCAAAGUAGAAAAAUAGGGACCAUCUUUGGUGGGAAGGGAACAGCGUUCCGUGCGCCUUUGGCGUUUAGUCAUACCGGCCACAUGACCACGGAGUUAUUAAUCAUGCAAGCCAUCCUUGAGGAAGACAAUCAUACAAUUGCUAUUUGCACAAAUGGCUUAAAAGUAGAUCACCGUGGAACAAUUGUGGAAGUUAACAAAGUGUGCAUAUUUGCAGAGACCAUGUACACUGUUUUAAACACAAAUUUUCAAAUUUAUGAGUUUAGGAGUUUUUUUUAAUGUGGGCUGGUGAGGGUAGAAUUUCUCAGCUGAAUGCACCUACAAAGCAUGAAAAGUUACGAUAAUCAGAGGAAUAAACGAUUCUAAUCUUAAACCUAUUUCAGUACAGGUAGUCCCAGAUUACACAAUUUCAAUUGUUAAGCAAGAAAACAAUUGUUCAGUGACUUUCUCCCGCUUUUUGAUUUUCGCACCGUUCUUAAGCAAACCACUGCAGUCAUUAAGUGAAUCUUCUGGUUAUUAAAUGAAUCUGGCUUCCCCCACUGACUUUGCUUGUUGGAAGCCAGUUGGAAAGGUUACAAAUGGGGAUCACAUGACCCAGGAACAGUGAAGGGUUUGUGAAAGGCAAACAUUGCGAAAGGCAAACAUUUUGUUGUUCAUCAUGUAUGCAUUUUGGAAUGCGGGUAGCCUCUUUUUUUUUUUUUUUUAAAUUCAAAACGUUUUACAAAAAAAAAUCCCCCCCCUUUUCCCCCAACCCCCCUCCCUUCACUAAACCCUCCCCCCUCCCCC